GAGAGUAGCUGCAAUAGCAGCUUCCCGUGUACAACCGUUUGGGCAGAGGCCGCUCUGACUGACUCCUACCCGAGGCCGCCCGAGGCCGUACCGCUAGAGGCGGGCGGUCUUGCGGCAGUGGGCGGGGCCGGCGGCGGGCCGGGAGCCGCCAUGCGAUUUCGGGCUAAGAUCGUGGAUCUCGCCUGCCUCAACCACUUCAGCCGUGUAAUUAACACAAUCGCCAAGUUAGCCAAGACCUGCACCCUGCGCCUUACUGUCUGCAAGCUGUAUUUCAUCCUCUCUGAUAAAGUAGCAAAUGGCGGCGUCAGUAUGUGGUGUGAGCUGUGCCAGGGGAAUUUCUUCGAUGAAUUUCACAUGGAAGGAGUAGCUGCAGAGCACAAUGAAAUCUAUUUAGAGUUGGUGCCUGAGAACCUGUCGAGAGCAUUAAAAACUGCCCAGAGUGCUAAGGCAGUGAAGAUCAAGUUGACUAACAAACACUGUCCCUGUCUCAGAGUUGCUGUGGAGCUACCAUCCUUAUCAAGCAGCAGUAGGAUUGUGACACAUGACAUUCCGGUGGGGGUUAUUCCCAGAAGAUUAUGGAAUGACUUCAGAGAGCCCAGUGUGCCAGACUUUGAUGUCAGUAUUUACUUACCCGUGCUGAAAACAAUGAAGAGUGUUGUGGAGAGAAUGAAGAAUCUCAGCAAUUCCAUUGUGAUUGAAGCAAACUUGAGAGGAGAAAUGAACUUAAAAAUAGAAACUGACUUAGUAUCUGUAACAACACAUUUUAAAGAUUUGGGAAAUCCUCCCUGGGCAUCAGAGGAUGGAUGUCAAAGUUCUGCUCAAGGCAGAGAUCUGGAAAGGGUGGCUGAGGCACGCAUAGACAUCAAGAAGCUGCAGCAGCUGCUUGCUGGACAGCAGGUCAAUCCCACAAAAGCAUUGUGCAAUAUUGUAAGUAAAAGAAUUGUCCACUUCAUCUUGCUCCAUGAGGAUGUUUCGCUUCAGUAUUUUAUUCCAGCGCUUGCCUGAAUGUUUUGGAAUCUCAGUCAUUUUCCAACCUGAGGCCCUUUCCACGAAGUCCGAAAACUUUUGUGAGCUGCUGGAGUACUCUCAUGUGAUAUGCUGUUAGAUGCCGCCAUCAGAUGGACAUUAUUUCAGAUGGACUUGAUGCUGCUGCAUGUUGUGCAGCAGAAACGUGUCUGAGGCAGAGGACCUUCCUGUGGCUGCCAGGAUGUAACAGUUGCUAAGGAGCACCACCAACAGCUGAGCAGCUUGUGUUUGUACCGGGUUGUAUCUUUUGAUCUGACUUGUUCUGACAUACCUCAGUAGUUAUGUUAGUGCUUCAACUGAUGUUUUUAGCUCUUGGCCUGAGAGGAUGAGAGAAACAGUCUGAAUUACUUCAUUAAUGUGGGCAGUGAAGGUCUCUAUGUACAGAAUGAAUAUCAUAUGAGGAUGUGUGAACACAGCAGUUGGUGUGAAAUAAAGGGCAAGUUAUCUGUG